CCAUAGUAACGAAGUCGUGUGUUAACACUCGGCUUCCUCUUUUGUACACAAUUUUCCACGGCUGUUUUACAUACAACAUUUCGUUGUUGUUACGAUGGCAGACGAUAUUGAUGAAUUGUUGGAAGAGGUAGAAAAUAAAUUUUUUAAAAGCAAGCCCAGGGAUAAGUUACAAAAAAGCGAAAGUGAUGUAACUUCAAUGGACAGCAUUCUUUUUGAUAUUGGAGAAUAUGAGUCAUUAAAUGAUGAGGUUUUUUCUGAACAAACGAGGAAUCCAAGAACACAAAGGAAAUGUUUCCCAGUGUAUUUAAGUGGAACACAGAUCAGCAAAGGAUGUACAACUGCAGGAGAAAUAAGGGCAUGUGACAAGCUACAUUGCACAUCCUGUGACUUCUCAGUAGCCGUGUAUGGGAACAUGGCAUGGAGAGAUGGUACGGAUUACUUAUUCCUUCGAACAAACAUGCCAGAUUUUGCCAAAGUGAGCACAAAUCUCAAAACUGCAGAACGGUGGCAGGCUUAUGCUUGCCAAUGUUGCCACCAAUCAACACGUGAACUUGUUGACCUAAAUACAUUGCCAACCAUUCAGUGGAUCUGCAAAGGUCAUUCCACAAAUGAUACAAAACAUAGCAGUUCCUGAAUGUCUGUUAUUAUUCUUAUGUAAUUUGUAGCAGUUUUCAGAUGUUGCUGUAGCUCUCAUAGUAUACUUUAAAUGCUUCAAUUACACAAGAGAUUUCACUGCAUUUGUUUUAGUCCUGGUUGUAGUAAUGUCUUCCUUUUCAGUUUGUGAAAAUAUUCUGAUACUUCUAGAGUAGUUGUAAUGUGUAUGUACGUAAUGAUCAUUUUGAUAAUAUUGCAAAAAGUGCUGAAUUUAAAAGAUAUCAUAUAACUGGGAAUUUUAUUUUAUAAAUCAUAUUUGUAAUACAUUCUUAGGAUGUCGAAUGUAGUCUUACAGAAUUUACUUACAUAUAACUGAUGUGUAACUACUACUGCAGGCUAAAUAUUUA